CUGGAUCACCUGUGUUAUCGUCGUUGUAGUUCAUGGACGUUUUGAACAAUAUUGUGAAAAUAUGCAGUUAAAUUAGUCAAAUGGCUUGCUUUUACAUCGAAGGGGACUCGUGGUUUGUGUGAUGUUCACAAGACAGACCAAAAGUUAACUGAAGGACCGCGGAGGGGAUUCGUAGCGGUUUUCAAAUUACGUUGACCGGGCUAGUAGCGAGUUGACCGUCGACGUUGAGAUAGGAAGACAGUUUUGCUUGUCGUUUCUAGCGAACACGAUAGUAAAGAUGUCUGCCGAUGACACGAGUGUCCGUGUGGCAACGAGAAUUCGACCACAGUUGGCACGUGAAAAGAUCGAUAUGUGUCGUACAUGCACCUUUGUAACACCAGGAGAACCGCAAAUAACGCUUGGACAAGACAGAGCAUUUACAUAUGACCAUGUAUUUGAUAUGGAUAGCACACAAGAUGCUGUCUACAAUGAAAGUACACAUCAGCUCAUUGAAGGUUGUUUUGACGGAUAUAACGCCACUGUGUUUGCAUAUGGCCAAACCGGUUCAGGUAAAACUUACACCAUGGGGACUGGAUUUGAUGUCAGUUCAAGCACGGAUGAGAGAGGAAUCAUUCCAAGAGCAGUCUCGCAUCUCUUUAACGGGAUAGACAAGAGGAGAAAGACUGCAAUAGAGAAUGGUGAGCCGCCGCCUGAAUUUAAAGUUCAUGCACAGUUUAUGGAGCUGUACAAUGAAGAAAUAAUAGACCUAUUAGAUGCUCAAAGGGAUCCAGAUGUGCGGCAUAAAAAAUCACAUAUCAAAAUCCAUGAGGAUGCUCUUGGUGGCAUUUACACUGUAGGAGUGACUUCAAAACUUGUUACAUCAAUUCAAGAGACAAUGCAAUCUUUACAUUCAGGGGCCUUGUCUCGUACUACUGCCAGUACCAAUAUGAAUGCACAGAGCUCCAGGUCUCAUGCUAUAUUUACAUUACAUAUCAAACAACAGAGGAUGGUUAAAUCGGAAGAAAAUGAAAAUAAAGAUUCUGAAUUGGAAGGUGAUAAUAAUAACCAAAACAAUGAAGGAAUGUCUGACUUUGAAACUUUAACCGCAAAGUUUCAUUUUGUGGAUUUAGCUGGCUCUGAAAGGUUGAAGAGAACGGGGGCCACGGGUGAACGAGCCAAGGAAGGAAUAUCAAUCAACUGUGGUCUGCUGGCAUUAGGCAAUGUGAUCAGUGCUUUAGGGGACAAAUCUAAAAAGGCCAGUCAUGUGCCAUACAGAGAUUCUAAACUAACAAGAUUGCUGCAAGAUUCGCUAGGUGGAAAUAGUCGUACCCUAAUGAUAGCAUGUGUGAGUCCAACAGACAGGGAUUUCAUGGAGACAUUGAAUGCAUUGAAGUACGCUAACAGGGCUCGUAAUAUCAAGAACAAAGUCAGUGUCAAUCAAGACAAGAGUAGUAGACAAAUUGCUAUACUACGAGUUAAAUUACAAGAACUGGAAUUGGAACUUGCUGAAUAUAAACAGGGCAAACGGAUCGUGAAUGAGGAAGGAGUUGAAGAGAUCAAUGAUUUGUUUCAUGAGAAUACCAUGCUACAAACUGAGAAUAACAAUCUACGUACACGUAUCAAGGCCUUACAAGAUACAAUAGAAGGUCAAACAGCUAGAAUAUCCAUGAUGUUGGCAGAACAAGCAAGAUAUGCAAUUUCUAAUCUUGCUGAUGGUGAUAAUUCUGAAGUCGCAUCCAUGAUUGAAGGUUACAUCAAAGAAAUAGAAGAAUUCAGGUCAAAAGUACUGGUGCUGGAAUCAGAGAAUGCCAGACUGAGGAGAAAAUCGGAAAUGCGAUCAGAAACUCCUUAUUCAAUGAAUGCAGCCCAUGUUUCAAUAACAACCAGUGGAGACUUCUCUAACAUGGAGUACUGUGAGUCACCAGGCACAGAUCGUGUACAAGCAAUCUUAGAAGAAGCAAAGAAAGAUGUGGAGAAAAUGAAACAGAUGGAAAGUGGAAGGCGAUCAAGACUACCUAGUCAAGGAUCUGACAAGGAGAAUGAACCUGAUGAUGAGAGGGAUGUUGAUGAGGGGGAGGGGGAAGGAGAUGGAGAUGGAGAGAGCGCAGAUGAUAUUCUAGAUGAAGGGGAGGAAAGCAGUAGUAGCAGUGAUGAAUCUGACUCUGAAGACAAAGAGGAGACUCAGCUCCAGGAAGACUUGGCUGAGUUGUCAUGUGAGAUCAACAUCAAACAGAAGUUGAUUGAAGAGUUGGAGAUAAGCCAGAAGAGAUUGUCAACAUUAAAAAUGCAAUAUGAGGAAAAGAUGGCCAUUCUUGAAAAUCGAAUAAAAGAUACCCAGGUUGAAAGAGACAGAGUAUUGCAUAAUUUAGGUAGCAUAGAGUCACACUCACAAGAAAAAGCCCACAAGAUUAAAGAAGAAUAUGAGAAGAAAAUCAGGAAAAUGAAAGACGAGCUGAAGAAGUUGGACGUUGCACAGAAGGAACAUGCUAAGCUACUGAGACACAAGUCGCAGUAUGAAAGACAAAUGAAAACAUUGUCGCAUGAACUGGAUGAGAUGAAAAAAAGCAAGACUCGACUGAUGAAGAACAUACGUGAAGAGCAGCAGAAAAGUCGGGAACGUGAUUUGAAAAAGAACCGCGAGAUGAUUCAACUGAAAAAAGAAUACAGGAAAAAGGAUAGUAAAAUCAAAACACUUGAAGCAGAGAAACGACAGAAAGAAAUUGUUCUUCGAAGAAAACAAGAAGAGGUUGCCUCACUAAGGCGGCUUCAGAAGAGUAAUAUGUCUGAUAAGGCUGCUGGUAGAGUUACCAAGAGAGCGGAUACUUCUAGAAUUACAAAUACCAGGGAUAAACUACCACUGUCAGCUGCAACUAGGAAAAAACAUCAACGCAAAGGAACUAGUGAAUAUUCAACUAAAGCUGCCAAACAUAAAUGGCAAUCUGUUGAUAAAAGGGUACAAGAGAUUGUUACCCGUAGACAGACAAUAUUGUGUAUGGAAGAUGACAUGGAAAGGUUCAUGCAUCAUCGUAAACUGUUGUGUAAAGAUAGAGACAAGCUGAGACGAAAGUUCAAAACUGCUCAGUCCAUGGGACAGGACAAUUUGGCGAGGGACUAUCGUGAGCAGAUAGACAGUAUUAGUGCUAACAUUGACUAUGUCCAAGAAAAUAUACAAGAAUGUCAAGCAAAUCUGGUAGAAAUGACCGAAACCAAGGACGAAGGUGAAAGUUUAGAAGCCACUGCAGUUAUUAAUUCGUGUACUUUAACUGAAGGACGAUAUCUACUGGAACAUUUUUUAACAGCAUCUAUUGACAGAGGUUUAUAUUCUGCACAACGUGAUGCCUAUGUAAAAGAAUUAGAAGCCAAAACACACCAAAUGGAACAGCAAUUACUGUUACAACAACAGUUACUACAGCAUGUGAUUUCUGAGACUGAUCAAGCCGACUUGGAAGUGGAAGGGUUACUUAGCAACCCAAUGGCAGAACAAAGUUCUAGUAGUUCUGACAGCUCUGCAAAUCCGUCCCCCGUAGACAAUAGUCGACUAAAUAAUUUACCAGCCAAUAACGUACCAUUUCCUAAUGCUCCUGAUGUACUACCGAUGCCUCCACCACGGAGCAGAGAGAAGGCACGUCGACGCACUGCUAUGGCAACCUGUGAGGAUUUACUGUAUGCGGCCGGCCCCACGCCUGGUAAUGAUACAUUCAUCCCAGUUUCAGAAAGUGAACCACUGACUUUUACUAGGAAUGGAGAUGAUAAGAAUAAUAUACCUGAUAACAUUCUGAUGCCUCCGCCACCUAUACGCUCGCACUCAGUACCUAAGAACGCUUCUUCAGUCAAUAACAAUGAUACUGUCAGAUCAAGCCAAAGCUCAGACAGUGAGAAAAACAAAUCAAUAGACACUGACCAAGAAACCAACCCACGGCCUCGGAGAGGAAGCUUCACAAUCUCACGAACAAAUUCAUCGGAGAAUCUGCUCACCCCGCCCGGUUCACCACCUAUGAGAAGAAGAUUUGGUAUGGAUGGCAAGAAUGUAUUUUCUAGACUAAGCAAAUCAAACUCUCCUAAAAUAUUCCAUGCUGACAGGGGUGUGAUUAAUGCGUACACUGGUAGACAGAGCGGAGGAAAGCCCCCAUUGAUUUGCACUCACACUGCAGAGGGCCAUACUAAAGCAGUGCUUACAGUACAAGCUACAGAAGAUUUACUUUUUAGUGGUUCUAAAGACCGCACUGUGAAAGUGUGGAGUUUGGAAACAGGUCAAGAGGUGCUAUCACUUGUGGGUCAUCCAAACAAUGUAGUUUCAGUGAAAUAUUGUGAAAAGAUUGGCCUGGCGUUCAGCGUAUCAACAUCCUAUAUUAAGAUAUGGGAUAUACGUGAUGGGCAUUCAACGUGCAUAAAAACACUAAGUUCAUCUGGCCAUACACUGAGUGGAGGUGUUGCAAUAACUGGUAGUAGAACUGUGGCUGUACCAGCUGGGGAGACUAGUAUCAAUGCCAUUGCCUUGAAUGAAUCUGGUACUAUGCUGUACUCGGCCGCAGGUAGUACUGUCAGAUUCUGGGAUCUCCGAAGUUUCCAGGCUAUUGGUAAACUUGUAGGUGGCCAUAGUGCUGCUGUGAUGACCAUGGCGGUAGAAGAUGCGGAUCAUGAAUCGGAUUUAGUUAUUACGGGUUCCAAAGACCACUAUAUCAAGGUAUUUGAAGUACCUGAUGAGGCUGGUGGUGUAGUCACUGCCAAACAUAAUCUAGAACCACCCCACUAUGAUGGUAUACAGAGCCUGUCGAUUAGUGGACAUACACUGUUCAGUGGAUCAAGAGAUAUGUGUAUUAAGAAAUGGAAUCUUAAUAAUCAGCAGUUAUUGAAGUCAAUAAACUCGGCACAUAAAGACUGGAUAUGUGCAUUGGAGCAGUUACCAGAACGUAACUGUCUACUGAGUGGCUGCCGUGGUGGAAUCUUAAAACUGUGGCAGAUAUCUGAUUGUAAUCUGAUGGGUGAAAUUAAGGCCCAUACCAGUCCAAUUAAUGCUAUUUCUAGCAAUUCAAAUUGUAUAUUUACAGCUUCUAGCGACCGUACUGUCAGUAUAUGGCGGGCUCGAGGAAGUCUGGAUUCACCAUCUUCAGACACACCAACUGACAAAGAAGAGGCAUAGUGUUGGUGAUGUAGAAAUUGGUAAUGAGGUCACCUGUGUCUGAUUGAAUGAAGUUAAAGUUUUUGUCUCUCGAUUGUUAUAAGCAUGUUUUUCUUUUGCAAACUUUUAUAAAUUUCAUAGACCAGUUGCCAAUAUGUAUGAAGUUUGGGAUCUGUUGAAAAUUGUGAACCUCUUGUAAGAUUGUGAACUUGUAAUUAAUUGUAUUGCGCACAUGGAUCUCUUAAAACUUAUUUUAAACUUGUGGACCUGUUUAAUCUUAAAUGAAGCUUUUGAACCUGUUCAAUCUGUGAUGAAGCUUGUGGAGCUGUUCAAUCUUUAAUGGAGCUUUUGAACCUGUUCAAUUAUUAAUGAAGCUUUUGGACCUGUUCAAUCUUUGAAUCUUGUGCACCUGUUACAAUCUGUUAUGAAUCUUGUGGACCUGUUCAAUCUUUGAUGAAUCUUGUGGACCUGUUCAAUCUUUGAUGAAUCUUGUGGACCUGUUCAAUCUGUGAUGAAUCUUGUGGACCUGUUCAAUCUGUGAUGAAUCUUGUGGACCUAUUCAAUCAUUAAUGAAUCUUGUGGACCUGUUCAAUCUUCGAUGAAGCUUCUCGACCUGUUCAAUCAUUAGUAAAGCUUGUGAAACCUGUUCAAUCUGUGAUGAAGCUUGUGGAGCUGUUUAAUCUUAAAUGAGGCUUGUGGAGCUGUUCAAUCUGUGAUGAAGCUUGUGGACCUGUUCAAUCUUUGAUGAAGCUUGUGGACCUGUUCAAUCUGUGAUGAAGCUUGUGGACCUGUUCAAUCUUUGAUGAAGCUUGUGGACCUGUUCAAUCUGUGAUGAAGCUUGUGGACCUGUUCAAUCUGUGAUGAAGCUUUUGGACCUGUUCAAUCUGUGAUGAAGCUUGUGGACCUGUUCAAUCUUUGAUGAAGCUUGUGGACCUGUUCAAUCUUUGAUGAAGCUUUUGGACCUGUUAAAUUUUUGAUGAAGCUUUUGGACCUGUUCAAUUUGUGAGUAAGUUUGUGGAUCUAUUGAAUUUUAAAUGAAGCUAUUAGAUGUGUUCAAGCUUAAAUAGAACAUGUCAGUCUUGAAUUAAGCAUGUGGACUUAAUGCAUGUGUGUGAAUCUGCUGCAAAUAGUUCAAAACAAUUACUUUUUGUUGACUAUAGGGUAUACACAUUUGAAUGUUAUGCGUGUAACUACUUUUCUGUUAAAGAAGAUACUUCUAGAAAACAAUUAUUUACAUAUUUAUGUAUUGGGGGUAUAAUGGGACCAGGAAAUCGAAACAAACUUCACUGAGUACUAUUUAUUGUUAGCGAUGCAACAUGACAUAUGAUAAACUUCCAUGUUAAAAGUAUUCGUGAACUGCUAGUAUUGUUGUUAAGAUACAUCUUAUAUUGUUGUUAAGGUAUUUCAUACCAAGGCUAUGAUAUCUACCACGACAGGUGUCAUGGAAAAUCAGGGUGUAAAUGAUAGAAUUCUGGGUUGGCCUGUGAGGUCAUCUGUAUAUUGAUAGUAAGUCCACAGUGCUGGCUACUGAAUAUUAGUAUGAAAUUUGCUUGUAAUAUAUUGACAUAUAUGUAAUUGGAUUGACUCAAAACUUAGUAUCUGUAUAUGUUUUAUUCUAUGAAUGUGCAAGGAUUUUGUGUGUGUGUGACAAACUCAAGAGAAUAUUUUGUUUCUUCUUUUUGUGAGACAAUGUCUGCAGGCUUAAUUGUUUGUUGUGCAGCUGAUUAGGGUAUGAUUUAUUUUCCUGUGAACCCACUAACUGUUAUAUGUACCUCAUUGUGUUGAUCUGUUAAUUUUGUGGCAUUCAAGAGAGGCGUGAUCUUUGAUGAUAUUUAAGUACUGUUCUGUAGUAUAUAUCUGUAAUACAGAAAAUGUUCACAAACAUACAGACUUUGA